AUGCUCUUCGAUGGAUCAGCACGUCAAGAUAGUGCAGGGGCAGGCGUCAUGUUGAUUUUACCAGAAAGACUAAUCUUACCAUUUUCAUUUAUUCUAGGUGAAACAUGUUCCAAUAAUGCUGCAGAGUACCAAGCUUUAAUUAUUGGACUUGAAAUGGCAUCAGAUAUGAAGAUUCCACAGUUGGAUAUCUAUGGUGACUCUAUGUUGAUCAUAAAUCAAAUCUUAGGCAGUUACGAGGUGAAGAAGGAAGAUCUUACACCAUAUCAUCGAUACACUACUCGUCUGCUUAAAAGUUUUGAUAAAGUGUUCUUAAACCACGUCCCAAGAGAAGAAAAUCGUAUGGCGGAUGCUCUGGCAAACUUAGCUAUGACGAUGGCACUUGGAGAAAAUGAGUCAACAAAGGUGCAAGUAAGUCAUCGGUGGGUUAUUCCCGGUUGCCUUAAUCUUCAAUUAGACGAAAGCCUCCAUACAUCUGUUCGAGUUGUUAAAGAAGAAGAUUGGAUAAAACCACUAAUUGAGUAUCUCAAACAUAGAAGGAUGCCCGAGGAGCCAUGA